UAUUUAUUUAAAAUUUCCUUUCAGAAUUUUGUAUAACUUGUUAACUGUUAUGUUCUUUGGCAUAGUUAUAGGGUAGGUAGUUUAUCUAAAGUCUUCACUUAAUCUCAUAAACUGCUUCUUGCCUAUAUUGACUUAAGCUGCCUUUUCUAUUUAAACAUAUGCUUUGCCCAUAGCAGUUUCAGUUUUGCUAGCUGACCUUACUUGAGUUAUUUGCCAUUUCAUUUUCUGCUCUCUUUCCCAUCCCUCAAUCACUGUCUUAUUUUAAGUUGUAUUUUUACCUCCUUCUGUUUGUUAGGCACAGUGUUAUGUGUUCAGGAUACUGCCUUUGGAGCAGGUGGGCUACCAUCUUCCAGAUCCUCAUAGGGGUGGAGCAAAUGGUAGAGGAAGGAGAAAGCCACGUUUGACUGCAGUAAUUCCUUGAAAUAUGCCAUAACCGCAACAUAGGAAAUGUGGACCUUAACAGCCUCAUCCCACCCUCUCAUUUUGUUGACUCAUUCAUUCAAAAAGUUUAUGGUAUGCCUGCCAUAUGCCAGGAUCUCUGCUAGACUCUGGGGACAUGAUGGAAUCAUCCAUCCUGCCUGUGCUACUGGAUGAAUGGAAAACUCUGAUUUAAACAAAGUACUAACAAGGAAUUGUCCUUGAUUUUUGUACUUAGUAGCAUUCCUCAAAAUUCUUUUUACAUCUUCUCUUACUGUAAAAACUGCAUUUAAGUUAGAAAAUGAAGCAAUUGAAAAGGAAAAGGAAAAGCAAUUUCAGUGUACAAGAAACUCAGACCCUUUUGAAAGAAAUUACAAAAAGGAAAGAAGUCAUUUUUUCCAAGCAGCUCAAUACAACAAUUAAUGUGAUGAAGCGAAUGGCUUGGGAGGAGAUUGCACAGUGUGUGAAUGCUGUAGGAGAAGGAGAACAGAGAACAGGGACGGAAGUGAAAAGGAGGUACCUUGACUGGCGAGCACUUAUGAAGAGAAAGAGGAUGAAGGCGAACAUUAAGCUGGUUGGUUCGGGGUUUCCCCUUCCCACAUCCGAUUUAGAUGACUCUCUCACUGAAGAGAUAGAUGAAAAGAUUGGAUUCCGAAAUGAUACAAAUUUUGAUUGGCAAAAUGUGGCAGAUUUCAGGGAUGCAGGUGGAUCCUUAACUGAGGUCAAAGUGGAAGAGGAAGAAAGAGAUCCCCAGAGUCCUGAAUUUGAGAUUGAAGAGGAAGAAGAAAUGUUGUCAUCAGUCAUACCAGAUUCCAGGAGGGAAAGUGAACUUCCUGAUUUCCCCCACAUUGAUGAGUUUUUUACUCUGAAUUCAACACCAUCUAGGUCUGCAUAUGAUGAACCCCAUUUGCUUGUAAACAUAGAGAAACAGAAACUAGAAUUGGAAAAACGACGGCUCGAUAUUGAGGCUGAAAGACUGCAGGUAGAGAAGGAACGCCUGCAGAUUGAGAAAGAGAGGCUGCGACAGUUAGACAUGGAGCAUGAGCGGCUUCAGCUGGAGAAGGAGCGGCUGCAGAUUGAAAGAGAGAAGUUGAGGUUACAGAUAGUCACCUCAGAGAAACCAUCUUUGGAAAAUGAACUUGGUCAAGGAGAAAAGUCCAUAUAUCAACCACAGGAUAUAGAAACAGAGAAGUUAAAACUUGAGAGAGAACGCUUGCAACUGGAAAAAGAUAGGCUGCAGUUUUUAAAAUUUGAAUCCGAGAAGCUGCAGAUUGAAAAGGAGCGCUUACAAGUAGAGAAAGAGAGACUACGAAUGCAGAAGGAAGGACACUUGCAGUGAUUUAUCUAGGUCUCCAUUUAUCAAUUGUAAACCAUAGGCUUAGAUAAUAUAAAGACGGUUGCAGGAUUAGCUGUAUGUUUUUUUCCUGUUUAAUAUUAGUGUUUUCAAUAGGAAAAAGAUAGUUAUUUGUGGGUAAUUAUAUGCUUAAGUAGUAUAUUGUGUAAAAGCUAUGUGCCCUUGCAUAAACAGUAUAGCAAAAACUAUUGUGCUAUACUCUUUAAAUUAGUAAAAUUACAUAGAGUCUUGUCUAAUCUGUGCACUCAGAGUUUACAAUUAUGUCUGUAAAAUUCCACCUCAGUAGUUCUCAACUGGGGGUGACUUUUGCUCCCAAAAGACAUUUGGCAGUGUCUGGAGACAUUUUUGGUUGUCAAAACUGGGCAGUGGGGCACGUUGCUACUGGCAUGCAGUAGGGAGAGGCCAGGGAUGCCUACAUCCUGCAAUGCACAGGACAGCCCCCCACAAAAAAGAAUGAUCCAACCCAAAAUGUCAACAUUGCUGAGGUUGACAAUCCCUGUCCUAGCCUGACUGAGCACCUCUUCAGCUUUGUUUCAGUUUCAGAAUAUUAAAACCUCAGAUAUUUAUGUGGGAGUUACUUAAAUGGCCCAAAAUUUUAACCAUGAAACAUUACUGUGUAGUAUAUUGAAUAUAGAAAGUAAUGAAGAUUAUAGGUAUUUUAUUCAUAUGUUUCCAUCUGUAAAUAAUGUGAGAGUCAGAAAACAAUAUAGGGAACAUCAGAGAUUGUCUAAAGUGGGUCACUUUGAAAAGCAGUUCAUUCGUCUAGCUAUUGAUGCUUUAGAAACCACACACUUUAACCUUUAGUUAGUUACCCUUUCUUCUUUGACUCCAUUGUCUUAGUUUAGACAAAAAUUUUCAUUUCAACCAUGUACUGAAAUCUUAAUGUAAGUGGUUGAAGCUAGUAAAAAUGUUACCAAUUUUAAAAUGGUACCAGUAGUCAAUGAGCUUGAACUCAGUAAGUGGUAAUUUGAUUUUUAAAAUAGAUAAUAGCUAUUUGGAACUGGGAGUGGGGGUGGGGGGAGAAUGUCCUUGUAUCCAAUAGUAAUGAUGAUGGUGAUGAAAUAAUGAUAGUAGCUGUGUGUUUUGAAUUAGGGAAUCACUUACUGCACACUACCUGACCUAAUCUGUAGAAAACUGAGAGUAGUAUCUAUUAUUAUUCCUGAAUCUGAGGCUUGGAAGUCAUACAGUGUGAAAAUGGCUAAUUUCAUAUAUCAUGAUGUAUUUUGUCUUUGCCCCUCCCUGUGCAACAAAGUAUGUAUCUUUAGUCCUUUUGGUAUUUAUUCUGAGACCAAGGGCUUGCUUAAUUUGGUGAUUUGCCUUCAGUCCCCUGAAGGUACUUCCACAAUCCAGGUGAUUCUAAUGCACACGAAAGUUGAGAAUCACUGCACGAGAUCACUUUGUAUUUUCCCAUUUCCAGGGCUGAUAUGUAGCCUUAGUAUAUCUCUUCUAUUGACAGGUACUACCUUGAUUCUGCAUUUGGUCCUUGUUAAUUUAAGAAUGUCUUGAAACCAUAUGUGACAUUUGAGUAUAUACGGAAAAAAUAUACUUCUUCUUAGUUACCUUGACUUUGAAAUAGUAUUAUUUUUCUAUAACUGAAAUAAAUACUCUACCAUAGAAAU